UUAAUGAAUGCCGUGUGCAUCAUUCGAGCUCGGAAAUAACGUUCAGCUCCUCUCGAGACUAGAGGUGGCACUGGGAACCCGCCCACAGGGGUACAUCUCGACCAAUCAGCCCCGAUCCUUCUCUGAGGAGCAAGAGCGCUAGCCAAUGAGAAGCGUGGUUGCAGCGAGGACGGCUGGCGGUGGGAUGGUGGGCGGCGCGGUGGGGACGGGGGUCACUCUCCGCGCUCGCUCCGGGCUGGGGCUGCUCUGCGGAGCGGCUGCUUGUCUAUCGAAGACCUCCCUCAGGAACGCCUCAGGGGCAUUACUGAGGGAAACGGGGCGGGGGGAGGUGCCCGUGCCCCUGUCGGCCCCUCAGAGGGCGCCGAUCUCUGUCCCCCAGGCUGCGGGCAGCGAGGGCGGCGCCGCCGGCGGGAGCUCCCCGGGGGACGAACCGGCGCUGGCGUUCCCGCUGACCGAAGAGGAGACAGCAGAACUGCGGGAGGCCUUCGACUUGUUCGAUCCGGAUGGCGAGGGCCUCAUAGACGUUGGAGACUUGAAGAUGAACGUAAGGGCUCUGGGCUGUGAAUUGGAGAAAAGUGAAAUGAAGAAAAUAGUCUCUGAAUUCGGUGAAAAAGGGUCAGGGAAGGUAACCUUUCAGUCCUAUCUGCAGGUGAUGACUCAGAAAAUGGCGGAGCCAUGUGAGAAGAAGGAGAUCCUGAAAGUUUUCAACGCAUUUGAUUGCGAUGGCACUGGCAAGAUCUCCUUAGAGGAUCUCAAGGCGGUGGCUGAGGAGGUCGGGGAAGACAUCUCGGAGGAGGAGCUGCAGGAGAUGAUUGAUGAAGCAGAUGUGGAUGGAGAUGGGGAAGUGGACGAAGAGGAGUUCCUACGGAUUCUGACACUGGCUGACCUGUAACUACAGGAUUUUCUUUUUCUCUCCCAUUCCCAUAUAAACAACUGGUUUCUAUGUCAUUUUGUUCAGCUUUCUUAUUUCUUGUGUGUUGCCUUUCUUGGGUGUCAAAACCACCAAAAUAUUGCUAAUGUUUCAUCUUUAAGUCUGAUUUUUCUGUUCCACUAGUGGAAGCUGUUUUCCACAUCCCAGCAAACAGUGUUGUUACCAGCUUGUGUCUGUGUGGGUUGGAUGCAAAGUUGGAGAUUAAUUCCACUUCCUUGGUCAGUCCCUGGAAUUCUCCCUAUUAUAUUUACAUAAUAAAGACUAUAAUAAUAAUAA